AUGCAGAAUUUGGCCCGCACAUUGUGCCGCAGAACCCCUCUCAUCAGGACCCCUCCUGUAGUCUCUAACUCUCUCCCACUCGGCGUUGCCUCAUCACGGCAGCUCUCCGCUGCUGCCUGGAACCUAGGUGUCCUGAACCACACCGCAAUAGCUGUACCUGACCUCCAGAAAUCAAUAACAUUCUACAGAGACGUGUUGAAAGCUGCUGUGUCGGAACCAGAGGACCUGCCUGAUCACGGGGUUACCGUGGUGUUUGUUAACCUCCCCAACACUAAGAUAGAGCUACUCUACCCUCUGGGGGAGAACAGCCCUAUAGCUGGCUUCCUGAAGAAGAACAAGGACGGGGGUAUUCAUCACGUGUGUAUUGAAGUGGAUGAUAUAGAGAGUGCAGUGAGGGAGGUUAGGGAGAAGGGGGUUAGGACGUUAGGGGAGAACACUAAGAUAGGGGCUCAUGGUAAACCUGUCAUGUUUCUCCAUCCUAAGGAUUGCGGAGGUGUUCUCAUGGAACUGGAGCAGAAGUGA